AUGAACGCCGCCAGCCGGAGGGCUUUGCAAGGAAGAACUGGGUUUAUAAAUAAUGCAUUUCCUUUGUCUUGCAGGAAUUCUGGAGGCAGAGGUACAAUCAGAUCAGCUGUGAACAGCUUACAUAGCAAAUCUAAUAGAGCCGAAGUUGUAAUAAAUGGCUCCUCAUCUCCAGCUGUCGUUGACAGAAGUAAUGAAAGCAUUAAACACAACAUCCAGCCAGCUUCGUCCAAAUGGAGACACAACCAGACGCUCUCUCUGAGGAUCAGGAAGCAAAUUUUAAAGUUCUUGGAUGCUGAGAAGGAUAUUUCCGUCCUCAAGGGGACCCUGAAGCCUGGAGACAUUAUUCAUUACAUCUUUGACCGUGACAGUACAAUGAACGUGUCCCAGAACCUGUAUGAGCUGCUCCCCAGAACCUCGCCCCUGAAGAACAAGCACUUCCGGACCUGUGCCAUUGUGGGCAACUCGGGGGUCUUGCUGAACAGUGGUUGUGGGCAGGAGAUUGACAUGCACAGCUUCGUCAUCAGGUGCAACCUGGCUCCCGUGCAGGAGUAUGCCCGGGAUGUAGGACUCAAGACCGACCUGGUUACCAUGAACCCCUCGGUCAUCCAGCGGGCCUUCGAGGAUUUGGUCAAUGCCACGUGGCGGGAGAAGCUGCUGCAGCGACUGCACAGCCUCAAUGGCAGCAUCCUGUGGAUCCCUGCCUUCAUGGCCAGGGGUGGCAAGGAGCGUGUGGAGUGGGUCAACGAGCUCAUCCUGAAGCACCACGUCAACGUGCGUACUGCGUACCCCUCGCUGCGCCUGCUGCACGCUGUCCGCGGAUACUGGCUGACCAACAAAGUCCACAUCAAAAGACCCACCACUGGCCUCUUGAUGUAUACCCUGGCCACACGUUUCUGCAAUCAGAUCUACCUCUACGGCUUCUGGCCCUUUCCACUGGAUCAGAACCAGAACCCUGUCAAGUACCACUACUAUGAUAGUCUCAAAUAUGGCUACACUUCCCAGGCCAGCCCCCACACCAUGCCCUUGGAAUUCAAGGCCCUCAAGAACCUGCACGAGCAGGGGGCAUUGAAACUGACUGUCGGCCGGUGUGACGGGGCCACGUAAGGUGGGCACCCCGUGAGACUCAGUGGCUCACAUUUCCUGCCAGCUACACCACAGGCAGAUGGGAGUCGGGUGGCACAAACAAUAGAACAAGCAGGCUAGUGGUUUCCUUUGUUAAAGUGUAAAACAGUGACCAGAAUAUAUAUAUCUGUACCUGCAUAUAUAUAUUGACCUGAGUAUUUAUAACUGUGUGGUGUUCAUCUAGCAUUAGGCAGAUAAGCCACAGGAAGAAGGUGUGGAGAACCCACCUGAACCAGAUUGAAACUCAGUCCAUCUUUGGGGGCGGAAAGACUUGACAUGCAAAGAAGCCGGUCCCAUGACUUUGAAUGACAACCUGCCUCCUCAGUUGGGAGGAUCUUUGGGCUCGUGGAUGAAUGGAGAGCCACCUAUUGUCAGCUGCCUGGACCUCUGGGAUAUGUGGAUUCUGGGUAGCCGAGACCCAGAGAGGACAGUGUGACCCAGUCUAAAGCCGUGCUGUUCACGGAGGAGCGGUUAGAGAAUUUAGCUGGGCAAAGGAGCACAAAGAAGCCAAGCAGAGGCCACAGCAGAGCUGAGGGCCUUACUUCAUGAACUUAGAGUUUGAUUGCCCAUGGGACAAGCCGUGGGUGACAUCCAUGUCCCCGACAGGCCUCCACAGCUAUGGAGAGAAGGCUAAAGGAGACACGAUGGACAGUCCAUAUUCUGGCUAAGCAAGAACCACCAAGAACCUUGGGUGGAGCAGGCAGAUGACCCUAAAGAGGUAGAGUGCUCUAAAUCAUGUUUUGAAAAAUUGAGAACUUCUUCCAAGGGCGUGCUCCACCUCAGAAAAAGGAGGAAGAGUGUCCAAAAUGUGGUCAUUGUGUUGGGUGUUUUUUGAAGCAACUGAGGUCUGCCAAGAAGGACAUCAUGGGAUUUUUACCUUCUAGGUUAGCCUCCAUCUCACCCUCUUAGAAUGUCACACGAGAGACUGUAUGUCCCUUGUGCCACCAGGGGAGACACAACAAAAAAUUUGAAAGGGCACUGUCAAGAUAAAUGUCAUCCUUUUUAAAAUAUAUAUAAUUGCCUUUCUGGGGGCCUCACAGAGCCUCAGAAUGUAAGACCUGAAAGAAUGUGAAGCCUCCAGCCCUGUGUCUCUGCAGCCACUCUCUUUAUUUACUGUCUGCAUCCUGCGCUCUGCAGGGCCCCUGCAGCCAGACUGGCUGUAUCAAUGUCACUUUCUUGCCACUAUCGCAUCCUGAUGGUCAUACUCACCCUCACGGAGCUCCUCAUGAGGUUUUUGGAGGAGGUUUUCAACUCUGCAGGGAAGGGUUCCAAUGUCCACCCCACACCCACCACCUUCCUCUCCCCACAGAGGCAGUGAUGGUGGAAUUUUGCAAAAUCCUUUUCUUUUUUUUCCUCUUGCUAAGAUUCUCAUUUAAGACUUUUGUUUUUAUGAAAACCCAAAGUCAAAUGCUGGACAUAAUCUCCUGGAGAAAUCUGGGCUCCAUGCCAAUAAUUGAGGGGCUGGAAUCACAGGUCACACGUAGAGAAGCAUUAGUCAGCUUGAUUUGUUAGAUGUAUUCCCUCGCCUGAUAAAUAACAGUGUUUUAAAACAUAUUUGAAAGAUAAGUAAAAAACCAUUAUCUUGAAGGUGAAGAGAGUUAAGGAAAGUAAUCAAGAUCUGCUCCCAAGCAUAUGAGACUGGACAUAAUUAGUCAAUGGCAAAGAAUGGCUGAUGGGAAAACACAUGGAAGUGGGGGAGGAUACCCAAACCAUUAACCCACACACAGACACUCCAGCCCGAAACCAGGACAGCCCCCAUACAUCUCUGCUUUUGUCCCCUUUGUUCUUGUUGUUGCUUGAAGCCUGAAGUUUGGGAUUUGCAUUAUAAAAUGAAUAUUUAAGAAGGCAAGCUCUCUAAUGGCCUCGGUGGGAACUGAGUGGUUCAACCUCCUCAUGAGCAGUGGAAAUAAUUAGUAUCAUAAUUUACACGUCUCCAGAGCCUUUCGUCUUGAGGUUCUCAAAUGCCCUAGAAGAACGUUUAAUUUCUAAAGUUUACAGUGCCCCGGGGAGCAGGUAGAAUUACCAGCCAAGGCCUUGGGUUAGCCAAGGCCUUAGAUUCCAGAAUGUUCUAUGGUAAGUCUCAAGGUGAUCCCAGGUGUCAAGUCCUAGAGUUGGCCAUGAGAUCUGUCCACCAGGCCAGUGCCCUCUGUCUGCGGGAGAGUUAGAGGGCCAGAGCAGUUUGGAGAACCUCAUAGACAGGUUCUUUCCAAAAAAAGACUAGAGGCCCCAGGACCAUCCACACAUGUACCGCUCCCUAAUAGAGCUAGUCUUGUGCUGCCAAAAUGCUUUGGCUGUGUGGUGGCAGGAACUCCAGGGGAUGUCGCUUUCCCUCUCUCCUCAUCUUUUUCCACCUGGGCAAGCACAGCCAGGAGGCUGGCUGUCCUUCCUGCCUAUUUAAAGCUCACUUGGAGCCAAGGUUCCUCUGCAGUCUCUGGCAUAGACUGGCUCACCUUGUGUGGACCCAGGGAGUCACAGUCUGUACCCCUUACCAUGAUCUGCUGCCUCGUCGCUACAGCCAGGCUUUCCAUCAUCCUCAGCUGGCUCAGUCACACCUCUAGUCGCCCACCGUCACCCACCUGAGGCCCUUCAAACCUUUUCCAUUGGCCUCAAGCCCCACACUCAACCUCCUCCUUUACUGGAGAGAUGGAGCCCUCUGAAAUGAGAUCUGUCCUCAAAAUCUCUUGGGCUCUUCCCUCAUCCUUCACCUUCUUCCUCCCAUUUCUGAGGAAGGUUCCUCCUCUGGCCAGAUGUGUUUUCUCUCACCCGCUCCGGCCCUCUCUGCCAUCUCUGUCCCCUGUAUGUACCAGCAUGGGAUCAUUGCACACAUCCUGGCUCCUGUAGCCUGUUCACUCACCUCCCUCCACCACCUGACCUGGGCAGGGCCUCCAGCACCCACUGCUGCCCUUCCUCCUGACAGUGUGCCUCACCUUCCACAUCUAGCCCACUCUGAGGCCAAUGUCUCAGCACCCUCCAUGUUGCCAACUUGAAAGGUCACUUUUCACCAAAAAAAAAAAUCUAGAGUGACCCCUCCAGGAUAGUGCCUGGCAUCAAAAUGACGAGGAUGCAGAUGCCAUGUUCUGGUAGCUUUUCCCCUCACUUCCCAACCCCUCCUGACCAUUUAUUUAUGUAUUUAUUUAUAUAUUUAUGAGUUAUUUAUUGAUACUCCUACGUUGAUCUAAAAAAAAAAGCAAUCAAGGAGGAUCUGACCAUUCUUCUCCUUGCGCCACAGUGUAGACAUUCCUUGUACUGAUAGCCUCCCCUCAGGUCCCCUAAACCCUCCAUCAGCAGCCUCACACCUUCCUUUAGAUCCAGCCAUCACCCCUCUCCAGGCGCCUUGCCCUCCACUCCCCUCCACAGCCCAGCCCCUCUCCCAGCUCCAGGCUUACCAUAUGCGAAGCUUGUUGACACCUCCUGUCUGCUCUGGAAGCAGCGCGAUUGACUCAGCAUGUUCUGAAGUAAGGGAGUCAUCCCUGUCUCCCCUUCCUCCAUGAUCCCUCCUUUUUCUGUUGGAAGACCCACGUCUCCUUCAACCAUGCAGCCUGAGACCCUAAAUCAUCUUUGACUCCUCUUCCACGUAUACCCUUCUUACUCCUUCUCACUAGCAUCAACUUCACCUCUUUAACUGUCCUUUGGAUCUUCCAGCCCCUCCUCUCCCACAUUUCCCUGUGCAUGCUUCCAUGUUCUCCAGUCCCUCCUGAGCAUGCCCAGUGAUCUGCACCUCCACAGCUCUUCAAGAAACCUAAGUUCUCCUGGCCCACAAUCAAACGUGCAAGUCUUUGUCCUGAUAUUACCGACCACUCGAUAAGGUUCCAUUCUUCCUUUACACCCUGCAUCAGCCAAUCCAGAAAAGAUGUUGUUCCUCGAAGGGACACCUGCCUUUCCUGUCUCUGUGCCUUUGGUCUUGCAGCUCUCAUCCCCUGGACCGCUCUUGAGUUUCUACCGAGGCCCACGCAGAGACCACAUCUUUCAUGAAGCCCCUGAUCCACCAACCGCUGGGAUCUCUCCCUCCGCUGAACCACCAUAGCACUUUAUUUGUACCUUUCUCAUGGCACUUACCAUAUUCUGCCUUGUAUUAUAGUUAUUUGUGCACUUGUCCUAUGACUGUUCUUAGACUGUAAGCUCGCCAAGGGCAGGGACUGUUUUAUUCAUCAGUACUCCAUCACAGCACCAGGUGUGGUGCCUAGCACACAGCAGUUGCUCAAUAAAUGUUUGUUGGAUUAAA